AUGCCUAAGAAACGCUCCUCAUCACUCACCAAUCGGAAAAAGAAAGUAUACAAGUCAUAUCAAACCAAAAAUGUUUCGCUUCCUGAUCUAAGUCACUUGGUGGAUCCUGAGGAUGACGAUGUAGCAACUCAACCAACUUCCAAUGAGCAGCCGGCAUCAAUUCAAGCUACUGUGUCACUUCAUACGCUUUUUCAUCAAGACGCUGGUCCAAGCAAUAUUCGACGAUCCUCUCGAAAGUCUGUGCCUACAACAAAAGCAGCUGAGUCAUGGAAGCAAGCAGAAGCUAAACGAAAGGCUGAGAAGCGGGCAAACAAUCCAGAAUAUCGAAGUGCUGAGAGGCAAGCAAAUACACGACGAAUGGCUACCAAAAGAGCAACUGAUACUGAAUAUUAUGAGGCCGAGCUGGAAUCAAAUUCUAAGCGUCGUGCAACUUAUCGUGAAGAUCCCGACUAUUUUGAGGCCGAGCUGGAAUCAAAUUCUAAGCGUCGUGCAACUUAUCGUCAAGAUCCCGACUAUUAUGAGGCCGAGCUGGAAUCAAAUUCUAAGCGUCGUGCAACUUAUCGUGAAGAUCCCGACUAUAAUGAGGCCGAGCUGGAAUCAAAUUCUAAGCGUCGUGCAACUUAUCGUGAAGAUCCCGACUAUAAUGAGGCCGAGCUGGAAUCAAAUUCUAAGCGUCGUGCAACUUAUCGUGAAGAUCCCGACUAUUAUGAGGACGAGCUGGAAUCAAAUUCUAAGCGUCGUGCAACUUAUCGUGAAGAUCCCGACUAUUAUGAGGCCGAGCUGGAAUCAAAUUCUAAGCGUCGUGCAACUUAUCGUGAAGAUCCCGACUAUUAUGAGGCCGAGCUGGAAUCAAAUUCUAAGCGUUGUGCAACUUAUCGUCAAGAUCCCGACUAUUAUGAGGCCGAGCUGGAAUCAAAUUCUAAGCGUUGUGCAACUUAUCGUCAAGAUCCCGACUAUUAUGAGGCCGAGCUGGAAUCAAAUUCUAAGCGUUGUGCAACUUAUCGUCAAGAUCCCGACUAUUUUGAGACCGAGCUGGAAUCAAAUUCACAACGCCGUGCUGCUUAUCGCGCAACUGAACAAAAAGCCGACACUGCCGCUAAACGUCGUAAACUAAAACACCUCAUGCCGUAUGACGUCGCUGCAGACAUUUACAAGCUCAAGAUUAAGGAUGGAUCGGACAAAACGUGCAUAAGCUGUGACUGUCUUUUCUUUUCUCAUCAACUUACAACGACGACACAUGAUAAGCUCUUCGAGAAGCUCGUCAACAAGCUGAUGUAUCCAAGUAAAGAAGCUGAGCAGGCGGCAAAAUCCAAAGCUGUCAAUUUGAAGUCGAAUGUUUCGAAGGCGAAUACAAAUGCUAGCAAGGCGAAAGCAGUGGCUGCGAUGAACGCUCACGACAAGGUUGUGCAGGAAGCAAGAGCUAAAGUCAUUCCAGAGGCAGAUACCUACAUUAACAAUAUGAUUCUCGAUGACCAUCUCAAUGACGUCGAAUACAAGUUCUGCCACACAUGUUGGAACUACAUCAAGAAAGUGGAAUUCCCUCGUGUCAAUAUCAAGCAUUCUAAUCUUGCCUUCCCAUAUGUUCCUGAGAUAGUCAAGUCGCUCACUGAUCUUGAAGAACGUUGCGUGUCACCAAGAAUCCUGUUCAUGAAGCUGCGGCCUCUCGGAUGUGACAGACAGCUUGGACUUAAGUCUGGUGUUGUCAAUGUUCCAGUCAACGUCCCAAAUAUGCUAAAGUCAAUUCCUGCACACCCAAACGCUGCUGAAGUUAUCGAGCUGGAAUUCAUGCGUGCCAUGAGUCAUCGACAUUUCACAUGGAAGGAGAGAAUUGAACCACGCAAGUUAUACAAAGCUGCCGAAUAUUUGUGCACAACUCCGCUCUACAAGAAGUAUGAUAUCACACUAAACAACGACUACGAGCUUUAUCUUUACAUCUACUCAUUCUUCGUAUGCAUGCUUGUCAUAGCAACUGCAAUUCAUCUCGAGACCACAAGGCUCCUGCCAAAUGAUGAUGAUGUUGAGAUGCUGGAUAUCACCGAGCUUCAAGAAUGUGCAAAACAAUCAAUCUCAAUCGAUGAUGCUUCAUCUACUUCCACGACUGCUUCACCAAAGAAGACACAUCCUGAUGUUCUUGCUCGUAUGUGCGAAAAAAUUCCUGAUCUGACACAUGACGAAGUCAAUGAGAUUCUCGCCCUAAAGGACAAGAUGGCUAAAAACAAUCAUUUUCCUUGCCUUGCCGAAAUCGAUGAGAUGGCCACAAUGCUUCAGUCGAACCGUCACUACAUUGAAGAAGAGACUAUGUUAGACUUUACGCAAGGAGUACGAUUUGCACCAGGUGAAGGAGAAAUUCCAAUUCCUCUCCUCAUGGAUCCUUAUUGCGAGGAGUUAAUUUUCGCGAGAACUUGGGGUGGCUACAUGCGAGAACCGAUACAUCCAGCAGGGAAAAAGCUUUCAUACGCGGAAAUAGCAAAGUCGCAGAUUCGUCGCAGUGAUCGUCGAUGUGCUCGAGCUGAAGUUCUCUUCUUCAUUUAUCAAAAGACGAAGAUCGCUCAACUACAGGGACAAAUGUCAUACGCAUUUCGUAGAACUGGCCAGGAUCGAGGUGUCACUGUAAGCCAAGCACUCAAUAAGGAAUUCCUGUUAACGCAGCAGCUUGAUGACAACAUUUAUCGCUUCGCAUCGACUGUCACCGGUACACCAGCAUAUUGGGAAGCGCAAAAGAAAAGCGUUCUCGCACAAGUUCGACAAAAUGGUAUAUUCACCUUCUUCAUCACGCUAUCUGCAGCUGAAACUCACUGGCCGGAACUGAUAGUCUCGUUGAUGAGAACUGUGCACAAAAAGGACAUCACUGAGGAGGAAGCCAUGGCACUCUCAUUCAACCAGAAGGCUGAGCUCAUUCGAAAAGAUCCUGUGACAUGUGCCCUUCACUUCGAUCAUCGCUUCAGAGAACUUCGAAAGACAUGGAACACCGAAGGCGGCCCGUUCGAAGAUUACAAGAUGGAAAACUUGUAUUACAGAAUUGAGUUUCAACACCGGGGCUCUCCACACGUACACAUGCUGGUCUGGCUUAAAAAUGCUCCUGCCUUCGAUGCGGAAAGCAAUGAUUCAAAAGAGGAGUGCAUAAAGUUCAUCGACAAAAUGAUCACUACAGACACUGUUGCCGCAGACGUCAAAGACAUAAUUGGAUUUCAAUUCCACAAGUGCACUUCAACUUGCGAUCGCAUGAGGGACGGCCAGAAUGUUUGCCGAUUCAACUAUCCAAUACCUCCGAUGGACCAAACGAGAAUGUUGAGCCCGAUUCACAAGGAACUUCUAAAAGAGAUGCCGAAGGAAAAACAAAAGAAGCUUCGCGAGAUUAAGGCUAAACUUCGUGCGGUUCUAGACUUGGAGACGAAGGAGAAUACAGUCGGUGACUUUAACGAUCUGCUCGCUGUUCUCGAAUGUACCAAUAAAGAGUAUACAGAUGCAAUAAGUACCACCCUCACUCAAGAAAAGGUUUUCCUAAAGCGUCUUCCAAAGGACUGUCGCAUUAAUGGAUACAACAAGAAGAUCCUUUCGCUUAUGCGCUCCAAUAUGGAUAUCCAGUUCGUCACGAAUCCUUACCAGUGUGUCUCAUACGUCGUCGACUAUAUCAACAAGUCACAACGUGGACUCUCCCGCCUUCUUCGUGAGCUUGUGGCUGACUUCAAAAGAGGCAACUUCACGCAUAAGGAAAAGCUGAAGAAGAUUUCCAACGUUCUGUACAAUUGCACUGAGAUCUCGGCUCAAGAAGUCGCUUGGAUUCGACUCCAACUUAAGAUGGCAUCAAGCAGCGUCGUAGUUGACUUCAUCCCAACAGGACCUCGCAAGGAUCGACACAAAAUUCUCAAGCCCGAUGCGGAGUUGAAAAGAAUUCGAGACAAAGAUCCCGACAGUCAAGACAUCUAUCUCAAAGGCCCAGUAGAUCGCUAUUCACUUCGUCCUGAUGAGCUCGAAGACAAAUGCCUCGCAGAUUUCAUCGCCGAGUACACGCAUCAAGGCAAAGGCAACAAGAAGGAUGCUGAGGAUGAUGAGCUUGCCGAUGAUGUUGAAGUUGAAGAGAUGAUCAACGAUGAAGAUGAGGGUGCGGCAAAAAAGCUCAAAGUGUUUCAGCUCAAAGACAAUAGUGGAUCUAUCAAAGAGAGAAAGAGGCCGAAGGUCAUUCGUUAUUGCAGAUUUUCUCGAGACAAGGAUCCCGCCAAUUACUUCCGAGAAAUGGUCAUGCUCUAUUCGCCAUGGCGUGAUGAAGUCAAAGAAAUCGAGGAGGGAAACUGUGAGGCAAUCUUCCUCGAGAAAAAAAUUGUCAUCGAUGCCAACUACAAAAAUUACAACAAGAUCGGUGAAGACUUGAACCAGAUUUACAUCGACAUUCAAGCGGAGCGCGAUCAAGAAGAAAAUGCGAAUGCCGAAGAAACUAUUCUCGAUGAAAAUGGCCAACCGAUCAAGCCUGAUGUAAAUUAUUACGACUAUGAUGACACAGUUAUUGUUCCUGAUCUGCUAAACGAGCUUGGACAAGACGUCGCAGUAGGCGAGGAAGUCAAACGCUACAAAGUGCCAGGAAUGCUCUCCAACGAUGAUUACAACAAGCUUAUCGAUUCGCUCAACGCUCGUCAACAUAACUAUCACCAGCAUUUGUUAAGUUGUCUCAAAAAUGGCAAACUUCCCUUCUAUCACUUUAUCAGCGGCGGCGCAGGUGUAGGCAAAAGCAAGCUGAUUGAAGCCAUCUAUCAGACGGUGACUCGCCACUAUCGCGGUGAAGCUGGUUCAGCUGAAUCUAUCGAAGUACUUCUUACGGCGUUUACCGGAAAGGCAGCACACAAUAUCGGCGGCAUGACAGUAACAUCAGCGCUCAGCCUAUCAGUGACAGCAGGUGCUUCGAAGGCCAAGGAACUUUCCAGUGAUGCUCUAAACACGCUGUAUUCAAAGUUUCUAAACCUGAAGCUGCUCAUUAUCGACGAAAUUUCGAUGCUGAGCUUGGCCAAUUUCAAUCAAGUCAACUCGCGGCUUCGUCAGCUGUUCAAUAAAGAUCUUCCUUUUGGUGGCAUUCCAGUCAUCGUGGUCGGCGACUUUAAUCAAAUCCCGCCAGUCCUUGCACAAUAUGUGUUUGAAGAACCUAAAAAGGACCUAGCUUCACUUGCCGGCAACACUCUUUGGCCUCUCUUCGAGCUGUAUGAGCUGACGGAAAUCAUGAGACAGAAAGAUGAUUGGAAGUUCGCAAAGGCGUUAGGUGGAAUCGCUAAUGGAUCGCUAACAGAGGAAGAAGCCGCAAUGUUCAAAUCGAGAGAGUUCACCUCAAGCACUCUUCCAGAACGAGGACAAAAUGCGAUUCAUAUCUUCUUUCGGAACGAGGAUGUUGAUGACUUCAACAAGAAACGCAAUAUUAUGGCUCGAGAAAAACUGAGCAAGCUUCCACCUAAACCUUCUGGUAGUGCACCACUUCAACUAGAUUUUCCUGCUAUCGACAAGUAUCCGACGGGCAAGGAUCCCAAAGAAACGGCAGCAAUUAAGGCAAAAGCCGAGUUUCACAUUACUGGAAAGGACAAAGGCAAACGAGUCAAGAAGCCGAAGCCUGUAAAAGAUAUGGCAGCUCUACCGACAACAAAUUACUUCACGGUGGGUGUUAAGUAUAUGGUGACAUCUAAUAUUGAUACGCAAGAUGGCUUGUUCAAUGGUGCAACGGGUGUUCUUCGCCACCUCGAAAUCAAAGACCAUCACCUGAAAACCAUUUGGUUCGAAUUUGCCAACCCGGAAGUCGGUGCGACUGCAAGAUCAAAGCGUGGAAGAGUUCACCUUCCAACCGAUAAUCCUUCAGUCACCCGUCCCAUUCCUUCUACUUGGACGCCAAUCAAUUUGCUGAAAGGAACCUUCAAUGUCCUUAAAGGCCUCACAGUGACACGCGAACAAUUUCCAGUUGUGUUGGCGGAAGCGAUAACGAUUCACAAGUCUCAAGGAGCAUCGAUGGAAUCAGUUGUUGUGAGCAUGAAAGACUUGACCCGUCAACUUCAAUAUGUCGGACUGUCGCGAGCCACAUCUCUUCAAGGUCUCUUCAUCCUCGGCACUUUCACAAUCAAGCCUUCGACACCAGGAACAAAGAAAUGUCAAGAUAUGAUGGACAAACUUCGUGUGGAAAAGCCACUGAAACUCGUUUUUGAUGAACAAGCUUUUAUAUAA